AAUACCUGGGACUCCAUCCUCCAGAGACCACCGGACGGCGGGGGGCGUGGCCUAUCUGACAGAUUCUGAUAGAUCUGUCAGACCGGUCACAUGAUAAAAAGGACACGUCAUCACACGUCAGAUGACGUUCUGAAGAAGACUGCAGUUGCAGUUGAAACAUGUCAGCUAAGGAAACCAGGAUCAUGACGUCAUGCACCGAGCCAGGAAAAAAAAAUGUGACGUAGAAGCCAAGAUGGCGGCUCCCCUCUCCACGAUGAAAUUUUGGAAGCCGGGCACCGAGGCACCGGGGAUCUCCGAGGAACGGGAGCUGAACUCGGAGACCACCGGCUCCCCCAUCAUCUUCAACCCCCACACCGCCCUCUCCAUAGAGAAGCAGCGACAGAAGCUCCCCGUUUUUAAGCACAGAAACAACAUCCUAUACUUGGUUGAAAGCUACCAGACUGUAAUCAUAGUUGGUGAGACGGGAUGUGGCAAAACAACUCAGAUACCUCAGUACCUGCUGGAGGCCGGCUGGGCAGCGGAGGGGAAAGUGAUUGGAGUGACACAGCCUCGACGCGUGGCUGCUAUCUCCGUAGCUAAUCGUGUCGCAGAGGAGCGAGGGGCCCUGCUGGGACAUGAGGUGGGCUACACCAUCCGAUUCGACGACUGCUCCGAUCCCCACGCCACGCGGAUCAAGUUUCUAACAGAUGGCAUGCUGGUGCGAGAGAUGAUGGCUGAUCCUCUGCUGAAAAAAUACAGUGUGUUGAUGCUGGAUGAAGCACAUGAGAGAACCCUGUACACAGACAUAGCCAUCGGCCUACUAAAGAAGAUCCAGAAGAAGCGACGAGACCUGAGGCUGAUUGUGGCCUCUGCCACUCUCGACGCCAAGAAAUUCCACGACUUCUUCAACCUGAAUGAAUCUGGGGAUCCAAACAAGGAUACGUGUGGAAUUCUGACAGUAGAAGGACGCACUUUUCCUGUGGAUGUCUUCUACACUGUCAGUCCCGUCCCAGAUUAUGUGAAGGCCACAGUGGAGACGGUGCUGAAGAUCCAUGAAACGGAGGAUGACGGGGAUGUCCUGGCUUUUCUCACCGGGCAGGAGGAGGUGGAGAAGGUGGUGUCCCUUCUGCAGGACCAGGCCAGGUCUCUGUCACGGUAUGGCAUGAAGAAACACCUGAGAGUUUUGCCCAUGUAUUCUGGUCUACCGUAUGCUGAGCAGAUGAAAGUCUUUGAGCGGAUGCCUUCUUCUGUUCGCAAGAUUGUGGUGGCCACUAACAUAGCUGAGACUUCAAUCACAAUAAACGGAAUUGUGUUUGUCAUCGACUGUGCAUUUGUGAAGCUGCGAGCGUAUAAUCCUCGCACCGCCAUCGAAUCGCUCGUGGUCACUCCCAUCUCCAAGGCUUCAGCCAGCCAGAGGGCCGGGAGAGCUGGACGAAACCGGCCUGGGAAGUGCUUUAGACUAUAUACAGAGGAGGACUUUGAGAAACUGCCUGCCUCCACGGUACCAGAAAUGCAGCGCACCAAUUUGGCCCCUGUCAUCCUGCAGCUCAAAGCAUUAGGCAUCGACAAUGUGCUGCGGUUCAGCUUCCUUUCUCCUCCUCCAGCUCAGACUAUGGUUCAGGCUCUGGAACUUCUCUACGCUCUGGGAGGUCUGGACCAUUACGGCCGUUUGACUGAUCCCAUGGGCGUGCGGAUGGCAGAGUUUCCUCUCAGCCCCAUGUUUGCUAAGAUGCUCCUCGAGUCGGGAAACUUUGGCUGCUCUAAAGAGAUUGUCACCAUCGCAGCAAUGAUGCAGAUUCAGAAUAUAUUUGCCGUGCCGCCCAAUCAGAAGAAAGCUGCCGCCCGUGAGCACAGGAAAUUUGCAGUUGCUGAGGGAGACCACCUCACAAUGCUGAAUGUGUAUGAAGCGUUCAUUAAGCACCAGAAGAGCUCCCAGUGGUGUCAGGAACAUUUUCUCAAUUACAAAGGUCUGCUGCGGGCUGUGACUGUCCGAGAGCAGCUCAGGCGUCUUAUGAACAAGUUUAAAGUGCCGCGGACUUCCAGUGAAGGUGACCCGGAUGUGAUCUUGAAGUGCAUCGUGUCUGGAUUUUUUGCUAAUGCAGCCCGCAUUCACCAUUCCGGUUCCUACCGGACUUUACGAGACGAUCGUGAGCUUCACAUCCACCCCAACUCUGUGCUGUUUGGAGAGAAACCUCCAAAGUGGGUUGUCUUCAAUGAGGUGGUGCAGACAUCAAAAUACUACAUGCGCGACGUGACUGCUGUGGAGUCGUCCUGGCUGGUUGAGUUGGCUCCCCACUUUUACAAGCAAGCUAAGCAUGGUUCACUGGCCAGCAAGAGAUCCAGGGUCCUCUAAACCUAAAUCAUCUCACCACACUAACACAGGAAGAAUAAUUUGUCACUGUGCCCCUCUCCAUUUCAUUGUAUAUAAAAAUGUAAUAUAUAUUUAUUGUCCAUGUCUACCUUCACAAUCCCCUCUACACUAUGUGGCCAUGUUACUAUGGGAUUAAGUGGUGUAUUUUUAGUGUUGAUGUUAACACACAUUUGAAAGAAUCUGUCUUUCUUUCUGGCUGUGAUGUAGUUUAUAUUUGAUCAGUGAGAGUGAUGAAUGUGAGAUGGUCCAGGCUGUGCCUGACAGGUGUCCAUUCAAGCAUGGUCAUGUAGUUCAUUCAUAUGUGUAUAUAGUCAGAGCAGGCUAAGGUCCAGGGGGCGGCUCCUGUGCCACAGGUCCGUCCACACCUGGUUCUAGGCUUCAUUAUUUUUUUAAGUGCUGAAUUUUUUCCUGUUGCAGGUAUAUAAUGGAAGACAAUGGACAGUGAGGAUGUUUCCCUUUGAGAGACUUACACUUUCAUGUUUUUAGUUAAUUUGCUCCCCCUCAUAGCCUGGGUGCCUUUAUGUUUUAAUUGGUUUACUUAAAUUUCUUUUUGAUGUCUUAAUGUAGUGGUAUAUAUUUUCAGAAAUGUGUUGCAGAAGGAAAUACGUUUCUCUGUUUUUCAGUCAACCUCAGAUCUGCUGAUAUUGAUACUGUGAAGGGAUUUCAUUACUUUUGGAUGCUCAUUUUACACUGUAUUGCCACUUAACAAUGGUACAGCUCAGACAUAGUGGCCUUGUCACCACUCUGUGCCAGUUUUUUUUGUAUCAGUCUACUUCACAUUUCGUUUUCAGAUGGAAUGUGUAAAUACACCCAAACAUUGUAAAUGAAAAGCUGUGAAAUUAAUACUAAAAAAUGAAGUGCCAUUUGUUCCUGAGAUGACAAAGUGCAUCCAGCAUCCAAAGCCUUGACGAAACAGUAGCAUUUAUCUGAUUUUAGCCAUCACUAGCCAUCAUAAUUGCCUUUCAUCUCAUGGUUUCUCAGUUUUACCAAGGCUGUAUGUACUUGUUCCAUUGACAUUAUCCACCAGGUGUUUAAUAAAAUGUCCAGUUAUAGUA